CCUCUUUUAGAAACGAAACUAUCCUGUGGUAACUGGUCAAGCUAUAGCCAUUGCCAUGGAAAUAGUAUCCAGGGGGUUGGCUAUGCUUACCGUCAUGAGCGAUUAGAAACAGGCUGAGGAGGGGGUCGCAGAAACAGGGCGAAGACAGCAGACUCGAAAUCCUUCAACACAAUAACAACAUGUGUAGCUACUACGAAUGACAGCAUGCGAUUACAACGAAAGCUAUAUGCUACUGCACUGCACGAUCGAUAAAUCACCAUGUAAAAAUAUUAACAAAUAUAACUCAUCACACUGAUCUGGAGUACAGCCCGGGAAAGACCCUCUCCUUGGUGGAGCUCUUGCGCAACCAUGGCCGAACACAUGCAAAUUCCACUUUUUCAGCGUCCACAUGCCUCAGUGCCGCAGUUCACCAACUCGCCCACUCUGAUCGUGAUGGUGGGGCUGCCCGCCAGGGGGAAGACCUACAUCUCCAAGAAACUCACACGCUACCUUAACUGGAUUGGUGUCCCCACAAAAGUGUUUAAUCUGGGCCAGUACCGUAGGGAGGCUGUCCAGACCUAUAAGACCUUUGAGUUCUUCCGUCCUGACAAUGAGGAAGCCAUGAAGAUUCGCAGUGCCUGUGCUCUGGCUGCACUGAAGGACAUCUGCACAUACUUCACCCAAGAGCAGGGCCAAGUGGCGGUGUUUGAUGCCACCAACACCACACGGGACCGGCGAGAGGACAUCCUGAGUUUUGCCAAAGAUAACGGCUACAAGGUGUUUUUUGUGGAGUCCAUCUGUGAUGAUCCAGACAUCAUUGAAGCAAACAUCAUGCAAGUGAAGCUGAGCAGCCCCGACUACAAAGACUGCGACAAGGAGGAGGCGCUGGUGGACUUCCUGAAGCGCAUAAAGUGCUACAAGCUCACCUACGUGCCCCUGGACGAGGACAUCGACAGGAACCUGUCCUAUAUAAAGAUCUUUAAUGUGGGCUCUCGGUACCUGGUGAACCGGGUCCUGGAUCACAUUCAGAGCCGGAUCGUGUACUACCUGAUGAACAUCCACGUGACCCCGCGCUCCAUCUAUCUCUGUCGCCAUGGCGAGAGCGAGCUCAACCUGCUGGGGCGCAUCGGCGGGGACUCGGGCCUCUCACCCCGGGGCAAUAAGUAUGCCUGUGCUUUGGAGGGGUUUAUUCGGAGCCAGUCGAUUCAUGACCUGAAGGUUUGGACCAGCCACAUGAAGAGGACGAUCCAGACCGCCGAGGCCCUGGGAGUGCCCUAUGAGCAGUGGAAAGCUCUCAACGAGAUUGAUGCAGGAGUGUGUGAGGAGAUGACGUAUGAGGAGAUACAGGAACACUACCCGGAGGAGUUUGCCCUGAGAGACCAGGAUAAAUACCGCUACCGCUACCCCAAGGGCGAGUCGUAUGAGGAUCUGGUGCAGCGGCUGGAGCCGGUCAUCAUGGAGCUGGAGAGGCAGGAGAACGUGCUGGUGGUGUGUCACCAGGCCGUCAUGCGCUGCCUCCUCGCCUACUUCCUGGACAAGAGUGCAGUGGAGCUGCCAUACCUGAAGUGUCCUCUGCACACGGUGCUGAAACUCACUCCUGUGGCCUACGGCUGCAAGGUGGAGUCCAUCUUUCUGAAUGUGGAAGCAGUGAACACUCACAGAGACAAGCCUGUGAAUGUGGAUGUGACACGAGACCCAGAAGAGGCACUGCUGACUGUCCCAGAGCACAUCUAGACAGAAGGCGAGAGAUGGAGGGAGAGGGGGAAGAGAUGCCGACUCUCCCCUCAGCCACACUUCAUUCUGGUCUUUUCAUUUUACUUCGACUGUAGUUAUUUUUGCAUCUGCAAUUACAUCCCAACUGUAGAGUUGCAGUUGUUUUUGAAGCACAAAAUGGCGGCACAGUCUUGCCUCUCAGGGUUUCUGGGAAAGGCCUGGCCUGGCCUGGCCUGUCCUGUCAGCACUAAAGGGAACAGGUGCUCUGAAGGAGGUUCUGUCGGACGAUGCUGAGACGUGGCGAAGUACGGGUCAAGACCACUGUGGGCGGAGUCAAGGGGAGGAGAUGGUGUCAGGGAAAGAAAGCGCUCAGGCAUUUAUCACUAGCCCUGCCAACAGAAAACCGAAACACCGACAAAUUAAGGACCCAAGCUGCUCCAUGGAUGUUUCCCAGACUGAAGUGGUAGACACUGCAAAGAGAGCUUGUCUUAACUUUUUAAUCUUGUAAUGAGACUUAAAACUCUCUCUUUAAAAUAGGAAAAUAUUGGCUUGUUUUAUGUUAUGGUUUCCGUGACAAGUUUCUUACCCCGUUGGCAAAUCUUCAAAUGUCUAAAGCUGUCUCACCCCAUUGGCAAAUCUUCACAUGUCUAAAACUGUCUCACCCCAUUGGCAUUUUGCCUUUUUCAUAGAAGGUUUGAAAUCUUAAGUAAGACUAAAAUACAUGUUGAGUCUGACUUAUUUUUUGGUUUUUACAGUGUAUGGGAGUUGUUCCAUUAGACCUUGGAAGUAUGACGUAAAACUGCCCAUAUAUGGAUUUCCGUAUCAAAGCACAAUUUCUCUGUGGGAAAAAUUAAUUGCCUUUUCACAUAACUGUCUGUCACACUCUGUGAUUUAAGCUGUGAUUUUUUUUUUUAUCCAGACUAAUUUCUUUCUUAAGCAGCACUGGGUCCACUGAAUUCCGAUGACUUUCCGACCAAAAUAAUUAUUUCGCUAGCAAAAAGCAAGCAGCACAGCCCAUGUUAUUUGCAGCUAGCAGUUCUGUGAGAAGGGUUCCCAGGCUCAUUAAUGCUACCAUUAGCCAACAAAGAAAUGUAAAGCACCAACUCAAAUGACUAACGGGAACACCAAAAAAAAAAACAAGAAUUAAGAUGCUUACAGUGAUAUAUACAUCUGUAGAAAGUAGAAAUAAAUGUAUUGCAUGAACGAGUAAUAGCCAUCAGCAACACAUGUGAGUGGUAACACGAAAUACAGCCAGAUACAGCCCUGUGCUUGAUGUUAUUAUUGUGCAUAUUAUUAUCUGUUGCAAUUUGCUUUUACAUUUACAAAGACAAAAAAAUUGGA